CAGGCUAUCGAUUCUUUUAAUCAAUCUCCAACAACACCACAGCACAGUAUUCCAGAAGAAAUGGCUGAAGGCGGGGGAGGGUUCUUCGGUGUCAAGAUAUCUAUGAUUUAGAUCCAAUUCCGGACCAGAAAUCAACAGUCCAACCACUCUGUCUCUGUCUCUCUCCCUCUCUUCCUUCCUUCAUUCGAAAACCCUGCGUUUGGGGUCAAAAUAAAGGGGUUUUGGGGCCACUCAAGGUUGUUACUUGUUCGUACAUUUUCGCCGAGUUUCUGAGUGCUAACUGCAUUUAUAUGACUGCAAAAGCAUCCGUCGAUAAUCUGGAAAUUUGGCUGGAGUGAUGAAUCGGACCGUAUCAGGUCGAAUUUUCUUAACUGCAGCAUUAUCUUGAAGAUAAAAUCGGGAACAAAAUGAGGAUGAGGAACAAAUACCGGAAACCAACUACUUUACGUUGCAAUGCAGGAACCAGAUGCUCAUUUCCUGUUGUGGUGUGGAGCCUAGUGGGAUUCCUUCUUAUGCUUCACAUAUACUCCCUUGUUCAUCACAGAGGUGGGGAUGGCGCUGAAACACAAAUGCACAGGAGUCGCAAUCCUCUAUUCCGUGAACUUGAAGAGGUUGAGGAGGAGGAUAUUCGAAUUCCUCCACCUAAGGGCAAACGAUCCCCGCGUGCUGCCAAACGGAGGCCUAGGAAGGCAACUACAUUAAUUGAUGAAUUCCUCGAUGAGUCUUCCCCGCUCAGGCAUGUCUUCUUCCCUGAUAUGAAAACUGCAUUAGAUCCUAGGAAGGAUUCUGCAAAUGAGAGCUUCUACUAUUAUCCUGGGAGAAUUUGGCUGGACACUGAUGGAAACCCUAUUCAAGCUCAUGGAGGUGGAAUCUUGUAUGAUGAAAAAUUGAGAACAUACUAUUGGUACGGAGAAUACAAGGAUGGGCCCACCUACCAUGCCCACAAAAAGGGGGCAGCUCGGGUUGACAUUAUUGGUGUUGGUUGCUAUUCUUCCAAGGAUCUGUGGACCUGGAAGAAUGAAGGAAUUGUGCUGGCUGCGGAAGAAACUGAUGAGGCCCAUGAUCUGCACAAAUCCAAUGUGCUUGAGAGGCCAAAAGUAAUUUACAACCAGAAGACUGGAAAAUAUGUGAUGUGGAUGCAUAUUGAUGAUGUCAACUAUACCAAAGCUUCAGUUGGUGUUGCUGUCAGUGAUUACCCCACUGGUCCUUUUGAUUAUCUUUACAGUAAACGGCCGCAUGGAUUUGAUAGCAGGGACAUGACGAUCUUCAAAGAUGAAAAUGGUGUUGCCUAUCUCAUCUACUCCUCCGAGGACAAUAGUGAACUUCAUAUUGGUCCACUUAGCCAAGAUUACCUUGAUGUGACGGAUGUUAUGAGAAGGAUUCUUGUGGGACAACACCGGGAAGCACCAGCUCUGUUCAAGUAUCAGGGGACUUACUACAUGAUCUCAUCUGGUUGCACUGGUUGGGCACCAAAUGAGGCACAGGCCCAUGCAGCUGAAUCUAUUUUGGGGCCAUGGGAGACUAUGGGAAACCCAUGCAUUGGUGGUAACAAAGUUUUUCGGCAGACAACAUUCUUUGCUCAAAGCACGUUUGUUCUUCCUCUGCCUGGGCAUCCAGGUUAUUUCAUAUUUAUGGCAGAUCGGUGGAAUCCCGCUGACCUCAGGGACUCAAGAUAUGUAUGGUUGCCUUUAACAGUUGGGGGAGCAGCAGACCAGCCUCUUGACUACAAUUUUGGGUUCCCAUUAUGGUCAAGAGUGUCAAUUUAUUGGCAUAAGAGAUGGAGGCUUCCUAACAGGUGGAGUGCAAAGAAAUGAUUCGUGUUUCGAGCCACCAUCAUAUAUUGUUCGGGUUAAUGGGGUCGUUCACGGUGUUGCCGCCCCCUAUUGAGAAACCACUCUCUGUUGGUUCUGAGCACAAGGGUAGUUCAUUAUUGACCUUUGUUGGCCUACCUUUAUGUAUCUCUUUGUAUAGGCCAUGUUAAUAUUAGUUCUUGAGAUAGGUGAAUGCCUACGGCAAAGCAUCACCACUGUUCUUGAAGCUUUGCCAAUAAUUAAACUUUAGUUGAACAAGAUUUACAGACACAGGUCUCAUUUUCCUUGACCUUAAGUGACACACAUUGAGGGUUAUGAUGUGCAAGUGGCGCCCAAAUUGCUAGUGCAUCUGAAUUGGCUGACCCUGCCUGGUGUAUCUGGCGUCUCUGGGGAAACCCUGUCGCUCUGCCCCAGUCUCGACUGACUCUAUUACGAGACAGGAAUUGCCAUGAUUUAACUCAGAUCUGAGACACUGCAAACAGAAGUUGGCAACAAUAUUCAGGUCGGUCUACUGAACUUCGAAUCUGAUUCAUGAGAUAAGAGCAUGACAGUAUAGGAUUGUAGAAUGUUUGAUCAAACCAAAAUUUAGGCCCAAAUAAGAGUAUAGUGUUAAAGAGUUUUAGGCGUUUUCUUGGAAGGAUUUGUUAUCUCAUGGAACAAUAAGACCAUUUUUAGAUACAAGCAAUAAAUGACUUAAUUCCCAUUCAUUUCUA